CUUUUUUUGUUUAGUUUUCGUUUCUCACAGCCGUAAAAAUGGCCAACGGUGACGUUAACCAGGCCGACAAGUCGGUCUUCGGCAUGCCCGGCUUCGUCGUCGACUUCAUGAUGGGUGGUGUUUCCGCUGCUGUCUCCAAGACUGCUGCUGCCCCCAUCGAGCGUAUCAAGCUCCUCAUCCAGAACCAGGAUGAGAUGCUCCGCGCUGGUCGUCUCGACCGCAAGUACAACGGUAUCGCCGACUGCUUCCGUCGUACCGCCGCCGCUGAGGGUGUUGUCUCUCUCUGGAGAGGUAACACUGCCAACGUCAUCCGUUACUUCCCUACCCAGGCCCUCAACUUCGCUUUCCGUGACACCUACAAGUCUAUGUUCGCCUACAAGAAGGAGCGUGAUGGAUACGCCAAGUGGAUGAUGGGUAACCUUGCCUCCGGUGGUGCUGCUGGUGCCACUUCCCUCCUCUUCGUUUACUCUCUGGAUUACGCCCGUACCCGUCUCGCCAACGACGCCAAGUCCGCCAAGGGCAACGGUGAGCGUCAGUUCAACGGUCUCGUCGACGUCUACAAGAAGACCCUCGCUUCCGACGGUAUUGCCGGUCUCUACCGUGGUUUCGGUCCCUCUGUUGCUGGUAUUGUUGUCUACCGUGGUCUGUACUUCGGCAUGUACGACUCCAUCAAGCCCGUCGUUCUCGUUGGUCCUCUCGAGGGUAACUUCCUUGCUUCUUUCCUUCUCGGCUGGACUGUCACCACUGGUGCUGGUAUCGCUUCUUACCCUCUUGACACCGUUCGUCGUCGUAUGAUGAUGACCUCCGGUGAGGCCGUCAAGUACAAGUCCUCCGCCGAUGCUUUCCGCCAGAUUGUCGCCCGUGAGGGUGUCAAGUCCCUCUUCAAGGGUGCUGGUGCUAACAUCCUCCGUGGUGUUGCUGGUGCUGGUGUCCUGUCCAUCUACGACCAGGUUCAGCUCCUGCUCUUCGGAAAGAAGUACAAGGGUGGCUCUGGCUAAACGAUUUGACUAAAAAGGUCAAAUCUGUUUGAGUCGGUGUGAAUCCUUCUGGGGAAGGGGUUGGCCAGUCGUCCGGUGUAACUACCGGAUGCUGGACGAUACUGGGGAGGAUAGAAAUAUGCCUCAAGAAUGACACGUUUGUCUUGGGCAUAAAGAAGUGUGUCAUUUCCUCUUGUACCAGUUGUAUUUUACUGCCUGCAAAGCUUUUCUUUUUCUUUCCAA